UUCAAGUAGCUGUAACUUUUCAAAAAGUGCAGCAAAUAUUUUCAAAUUUUUACUGAAAGUUGAUCAUUUAGUUGUGUAUUAGUGGUCCAAUUUUGGAAAAGAUCGGGCUAUUCUGCACGAAGUUAUAUAGAUUCUAAGAAAUAGGUAUAUUUAUCUUAUAUCCAACUUUGAGCUGUUAUAUCUCCGGAUUCAAUGAACCGAAUGAAAUUAAAUUUUGACCAAUUAUGACUUACAUAAUGAGCUAUGAAAAACUUUUGACUUAACUUAAAAUUCUUAACACGAAAGAAAAUUAUAACGGUUAGAUUAUUUUUCUAAUAAAACACCAAAUUAUCCAAAACUUCAAUAUCGUUUCAAAAUUCAAGAUGCUAAUUAUAGUUCAUUUAAAUGCCCUCUAAAUGACUUAUAUAUAAAUGUGUUUUGAAGGAAAGUAACAACAUAGCUGACAAUAAAUUGAAAAAGUUAUGGGAUGCAUAUUAAAAAUAGAUCAAUUUACUAAAAAGUCGUGAAAUAAAUUAAAUCGCUAUAACUUUUUCUCUUGUUAAAGAUUUCAAGUUAAGUCAAAGGUUUUUAAUAGUUCAUGAUAUAAGUCAUGAAUGGUCAAAAAUUCAUUGAAAUCAGUUCAUUGAAUACGGAGAUAUAACAGCUCAAAGUUGGCUAUCGGAUAAUUUUACCUUUUUCAAGAAUCUUCAUAACUUCGUGGAGAAUAGCCCGACCUUUUCCAAAUUUGGACCACUGAUACACAACUAGUUGAUGAACUUACAGUAAAAAUUUGAGAAUAUUCGAUGCAUUACCCCCUGUACAUUUAUUAUUUAUCAUCCCCCACCUUGACGAGUCAACGAACAAAGUGACAGAAGAAGAAAAUGAGAUUUGUUCCGGCCUAAUAGGACAUUAUUAAAAACUGUUAAAAUAAGCAUUGCAAUGGGGAGAAAUUGGGAAGAUGAUCUGCAGGAUUUUCUUCUAGCUUAUCGUAACACACCUCAUUCAACAACAAACGUUACCCCAGCAAAGCUGUUAUUGGGAAGAAAUCUUCGAGAUAAAAUUCCAAUGAUCCGUGUAUCCGAACAUUCAAACCCCGAGAACAGAGUACGACAAUCUGACAAAACAAAGAAAGAAAAAGGAAAGGAGUAUGGAGAUUCGAAAAGAAGAGCAAGAGAAUCACACAUUGACGUUGGAGAUCAUGUAGUCGUGAAAAAUUUGGUGAAGCGAAACAAGUUAGAAACAAACUUCAACCCACAACCUCAUGUCGUCGUUAAGAAGAAUGGAACCCGGAUUACUUUGAAGAACUUAUUAACUGGAGUUGAAUUCGAUCGCCACGUGAAUCAUGCAAAGCUUUGAAUUUCUAGUAACUCGGUCAAUACCCGUGGCGGCUCGCCAGAUGAUGUCCUCGAUAGUUGUGAAGAAAAUCGUCCUUGUGAAGUCGACAAUGGAAACGUUGGCCGAGAUGAAACCCGAAUACAGAGACGUAAACGUAAACCAUGUUGUAUUGUCAACCUUUUGUCAUCAUGAACAUUUAUAACCCUAUUUGUAAUGCACACAUGAAUUCAAUAAAGAGUACAGUUACGACACGACACGGUCAACAUCAGUAGCAAAACAUGGUGUCAGAAAUGGGAUCAAAUCGGUUAUUUUUCGCGAAAUUCCGAUCCGAAAUGAACAUGGAAGCGUAGACGAGGCUAUCGCCGGUCGAUUCGUAGUAAAAAGUCGGUUGUAGAAGUGUUUUUCGCGCGGAAAAAGCAAAUUGAGUUUUUUUGUUUACAAAAUGAGCGGAAUUCCAGUACCAGCGCCCCUGAAGCUGGGGUUGAACGAUGAAGACGCGUUCAAAGUGUUCAAGCUACAAUGGAAUUAUUACUCGGUUGCUACAAACGUGGCUACCAAACCAGCGAGCCAACAAGUAGCAAUGUUGAUGUCCAUUAUGGGUGCGGACGGCGUAAUGUUGGUCGAAGAGCUGAAUUUGACGGCGGCCGAAAAGGAUAGUACCAGUACGAUUCUGCAGAAAAUGGAAGCUCAGUUGGUUCCGAAACGGGAUAAAAGAGUGGAGCGUGCAGAAUUCCAAACCAUGAGCCAGCGAGAAGCAGAAGGUAUUGACGAUUACGUCAAGCGCUUGAAGAAGAAAGCCCAAGGAUGCAGCUAUGCGGCGGAUGAGCUUGAGGAACAUAUCGAGGACAGAAUCAUUGCUGGGAUUCGAGAUAAUCUGGUUCGAAGAGAACUGUUGAAAGCUGGUGACCUCAGCCUGAAGGAUAUGGUGAAGAAAAUCAAGGAUCAUCAACAGAUUGAAGAGUUGGCUCAGCAAUAUGAGAAAAUGACGUCCUAUAAAGAAGAGCCGUCGGUAUGCACAGCAGAUGCACUGAAGGUUACAGCUACAAAGAAGAUAAGUCAGUGCAUAUAUUGCGGCGGAAGACACGCCGCGGACAAAAAUCAGUGUCCCGCAUGGGGAAAAAAGUGCUUGAAAUGCGGAAGGCUGAAUCAUUUUCGAAAAGUAUGCCGGUCGAAGACUUCCAACAAAUUUAGACGCAGAAACAUUAGGCGAGUGGACGGCAGAUCUACGGAUUCGGACGACUGCGAGACGGAAGAGGAGUGUGAGUACGUUGACAUUGCGAAGGUGGACAGCGAUGGAAAGCACGGCGCUGGGAAGAUUAUGGUGCAACUGAAAGUUCUCGACGGGGCACUGAGCAAGCUUUUCGAUGUACAGGUAGACACGGGGGCCCGUGUGAAUGUAAUAUGCGACAACGAUUUGAAGCGAUUGGUCCCUAAACAUGAUCUGCAAGCAACCAACGUACGACUGCGAUGCAACUCCGGAAAAAUAAUCACUCCGAAGGGCAAGGUGAAGCUGGAUAUACAGUUAAAGCAUGGAUCCAAACAGUUAACGUUUGUGGUAGUUAACAAAACUCGUCCACCACUAUUGUCAGCACAAUCAGCGAUAGAUUUGGGGAUCAUCAAAGUUCACGACAUCUACACCAUUGAUGACUUGCAGGAGGACUGCACACAAACCAUGCCGGUACAGCAAAAGCCACGCAGGAUUCCGCUGGCGUAUCUUCCGGAGCUUAAGGAAAAAAUAAGUGAAUUGGAGGAGAAGGGCAUUGUCGAACCGGUAGAUCGACAUAUGGAGUGGCUGUCCAACCUGGUGUUAGUGAAAAAGGGAGAGAAGCUACGCAUCUGUUUGGAUCCGUCGGAGCUAAACCAGGCAAUAAAGAGAGUGAAUCAUCAGAUUCCGACCAUCGAGGAGAUGUUACCAGACUUCACAAAGGCAAAAGUGUUUACGGUACUGGAUGCGAAGAACGGGUUUUGGCACCUGCAGCUAGACGAAGAAAGCUCAGAUCUCACAGCCUUCUGGACACCCAUGGGCGUUUACAGAUAG